ACCCCGCAGAAGAGAAAUUUAAAAAUGGCCGCUAAGUCUGCUAGUGAUCUUGCUGCUGAGCCCCCUGUCACCGUUCGAAGCGUUUUCGAGCGUCCACGGUACGACAAAGUGAUGGACCCGUACGAAUACAGCAUGAAAUGGUUGAAGGCCCAGGGCGGCAACCUACGUGGUUUCGUGGAUGGGAAACUGCUGGUAGCGGACAAAGACAAUGCCCACCUCGUUGCUGUCAAAAGCCCCGCUACCAAUGCCAAGCUGGCCCGUGUGGCGGGCAUGGACGAGGCACUCUACCGCCGGACCCUGGAAUCGUCGACAGCUGCACAGGUGGCCUGGGCAAGGAUGGACCCAUACACGCGCUGCACGCACCUGCACAACCUGGCCCGAAGUGUGCAGAAGCAUCUCACGAGCUUUGGCGAGAUGGAGAGCCUACAAUCGGGCAAGCUCAUACCCUUCUGCAUGGAGGAGGCAUCGCAGAUGGUGCGAUACCUGUACCACUACGCGGGUGUUGCCAUGACUCUCAACGAGCGCUUCCCGGAAUCUACACCGAAGGGUGUUGUCGUGGUGCUGUUGGAGGAUGUCCGUGCAACGUGCCCCGUGUCGGCGUGGCGGAUUGGCGAGAUCUUGGCUGCUGGCAACUCGCUGCUCAUCAUUGCCAAGAGUGAAUUCUGCCUCGCGCCGAUGCACUUCGCCGAGAUUGGUGCCGCUGGGGGGCUUCCUCCGGGACUGGUCAAUGUGCUGGUCGGACCAUUCCAGGGAGUCCUCGGGAUGGAUGACAUCGGGCACGUGCACGCGGUGGCUUCGCAGAGCCGCUGCCGAGAGCUUCGCCAAGUCUUAGCGUUGAAGCCCACAACGUCCUUCUCCAGCUACUGGGGCUGUGGCCGGGCAGUGGCUGUGGUGCUAGAGGGCGCCGACUUGCACUCAGCGGCUGCCGGCAUUGGCCAGUCUUUUGCCAACAGCAGCGGAAGGGGAGAGGCGUGUGGAGUGCAAGUGUUUGUCCAGGAGUGCGUGUAUGCCAAGUUCAUGCUUCUGCUGAGGAAGGAGCUACAUUCUCUCCGCAUGGGCUUGGCGAACGACCGAACCAGCGACAUGAGCGUGGUCUUUGCCCAGCCUGCGCCUCCGCCGCCCAAGAUCGCCUACGCGGAGCUGCCCGAUGCCGAGCUUCUUUCUGAAGGUCCUUACCAUGACAAGCACCCUUGCCCUCCAAGGCCAGCGCUGUUUGCGGAUGUGACACCAUCGUCCCCAGUUGUGCUCGACUCGGUUGGCUGGCCUCUGGUGUUGGUGACUAAAUUCCGCACGGCUAAGGAGUCGGUGACACUGGUGAACAGCGCGCUGCAUCACUCGGAAGUUAGUGUGUGGACGGAGAGGCUGCCCGCUGCCUUGGAGCUUGCCGCUGCCUACAAGGCGACGACCGUCUUUGUCAACGGGCAGGGACUCCGCGAUGCCUCCGUGGAGUUUGGGUCGCGUGCCGCCGUGGCCUGCGGGGAGCGGGGCCUGCUGACGUUUGUCAAGACACCUGGGAGCUCAGUUGAACUGUCAUCUCGUGCCAGCGUUGACUUCGACCCAGAGAAAUACGGAACUAAGGUGGAGAACGUGCCCCAGGGACUCUCUGGCAAGAUAGGUGAAUCGCAAGGGGACGGGUUUUCGACGCUCACGACGUACAAGUUGUUCGUCGGUGGUCAGCAGGCUCGCCCAGCUUCCAACGCCUCCAACCCCGCAAUUAGUCACGAUGGUCGGACGGUGGGCUACUUUCCCGAGGCGGGCCGCAAGGACGUCAGAAAUGCGGUGGAAGCGGCGCUUGCAGGCUUCAAGACGUGGUCGUCCCGGUCGGCGCAUAAUCGAGCCCAGGUGCUGUUCUACCUAGCAGAGAACCUGAAAAUGCGGGCAACCGAAAUGGCCGGCGUGUUACGCGAAAUGAAUGGCCAGACUGAUGCAGAGUGCAGGGCCGAAGUCGAUGCAUGCGUUCGUCGGCUGUUCUACUGGGCCUCCAUGUGCGACAAGGACGCCGGCUCUGUCCGAACCGUAACUAAAAGUUGGUCUGAUAGUCUUGAAGCCAGGCUGGCGGCCGGCGCCUUCGGGUCGGCCGCUCUGAAUGGUGUACUGCUGAGGUUGGCUGCUGCACUACCCCAGAAGAUGGCGACUUCGUCCCAGAAGGCGGCUGCAGCACAGGAGACUGCACUACGCCAGGAGACAGCGGCUGCGGCACAGCAGGUUGCAUUACGCCAGGGGACUGCGGCUGCGGCACGGCAGGUUGCAGUACGCCAGCAGGUGGCGGAUCCGAUACGGCAGGUUGUAGCCCGGCAAGCUGUGGCACCGGAACUGGAAACUGCGGCACAGGGCUGUUUUCAGGUUCAAGAGGUGCUCUUCUGUAGUCUUCCCAAAGACGAUCACAUCGUCAAUGUAGAACAACACACCAGGGCAACGGUCAAGGAUUACUGCCAUCAUCUUCUGAAAUGCCGCUGGGGCAGAAGCUAA